AUGUCGACGAGGUCGACGAUGUCUGCAAAUCGAAGAUGCGAAGUGGGCCAGCCCAUUUGUCACUGCGGCAAUCAAUGUCAUCUGACGACGUCAUGGACUGACAACAACCCUGGUAGAAGAUUUUGGGGCUGCGCCGAUUAUGGGGUCAGAAGAGGUUGUGCAUUCUUUGAAUUGUAUAAUCCACAGGUAUGCGAAAGGUCCAAGAUUGUGAUAUCUGGACUAUUGAAACGAUUGCGUAAGGAAGAAGAGGAAAAUCGGAAAUUGAAAAAAGAGGUUGGAGCUGCCUUGAAAGCACAAAGAUUCUACGAGCAAGUGUUCUGGGUUCUUGGAAUUUUUUUGAUUGUGUUGUUGGGAAUGCUAGUAGUGGAAUGGAGAGACUCUGGAUCUUCCAAGAAUGUGAAAUUAGCACUUACAUUUUAG